AUGCAAACGUCAGUGAAGAUGGCACACCGCAAUUUGGUGGUUCAUGGAGAGGCAGCGCAGGCACUGGAGAUGUGUCGGCGACUGCUGCGUACCGAGAGCAGUGAUCAGCGCCUAGAGACGGCACAAUUAGUAGUCGAGCGACUUCGCAGCGGUGGUACCGACGACUCGGCUGACGACGUGAACGCGCUGCUGCGACUGUUGAGUAACUACGUGGAGCCUACGCUCGAGCUUACAGAGGAGAUCUUGUCAUUGCUUUUAUUCUAUGAACACCGUGUGUUGUUAAUUCAUAAUUUGCCAAAGCUGACGUUUCAGUCGAAAGACUGCGUGCAACUUGUGCUACAGGCGUAUUUAGGGCUGCUAGCGACAGAUCGAUCGCUGCUGGUUCCUGUGCUCGGGUCGUUGGCGGAAAUGCCAUUGGAUUAUAGUGAGAAGACCACCGUGGUGGACGCUACUCAGUCGCUGCUCGAUGCAGCGGUCGAAGAAGAUAUACCCGCGGUGGUGCAAAGUUUAUUGUCCAUGAUUACUAAGUCAUCUGCUUUAAAGGCACUUGCGCGACUUCGAUCUGAAUGUAAUCGCAUUCACUCCGGAACGUUAAGCCUUACGAUGGAGGUGAUUGGACGCCAUGCAACUGCUGGAUCAGUUGCGCUCACUGCACUGCUCCGUCUGAUUCGACACGCAGACCCUUUAACGGUAUUUGAUGUUGUUUUCCUGACAUUUGUCAUGGGAAAGUCUGCAGAAAAUGAGUUGGCUGUAAAGUCAACAAUUUUAGUCACUCAAAGCGGUCGAUUGCACAGUCGAACGAUGCGUCAAGCUACUACAAUGCUGGUGAAUCCAGAGUGGGCAACCCUUCUCCCGUCUUUUAUCCGCUUUUGCAGUUGCCUUCUUGCUGUAUGUUUUCAUGCGUCUACCCGCUCUACUUUGGCUUUGAGUUUGAUUGCUAUUGCCGUUCAUUCUUUAAUUGCUCUUAUCGAGAGCCGAAGUACGGUUCAGAACGAGGCGUUAAUUCUUCUACUGACGAUUGCCAGUCAGCCAAUGAAAUUGCUGCUGUUUGGUAGUGCUGAUUCUGUGCAGCACUCGCGUGGUGUCUUGUGCUGGAAUGUUGCUGAAGUGAUUGCGUUAGGGUUUCAUGACCUAGCUCGAAGGAAUGCAAGUGUUCUGGCAUCAUCUUCUCACUUGUUUCUUGAUCAUUUGCAUGGAGUUGUUUCAACUGCCAUCGAAGUAGAAGCAAGUGGGAAAUACCCUUCACAUAUCCUGGACCUUCUCUGUUCGACUGUAGCACUGCUGACGAAGAAAGAACGCGGUAUAUAUUCUUUACUCAUGAUAACCAUACAAAAGCAGCUCGUAUCUCGAAUUCCGGGUAUGACCAACGAUCAACUCGCAAGCCGUUUUCAAAGUGGUCGAACUCGAUCCAUUGCAUCUGAGACAAAGCAGCUUAUGGCGGUCUUUUUAACAGGGCACCUGCUGAAAAAUCAAGUUGUAGUGGAAUCGCGAGAUCGUAAUUUGCUGGCGACUUGGAUGCUGCGGCUUUUAACAUGCGCAAAUCGAGACGAGACGCUACUUUACGUGUUAAGAUUUGUACGAGAAGAAUUAAAAGGGGCUACUAAUGCAUCCUCCUUGGAAAAAGAUCGAGCACUGCUGACCUCGGCGAUAUCUCAGGUUUUUCGGAAGAAAGGUUUGAUCUGGAGACCACGCGGCCAGCUAAUUCGGCGACCAAAAGACGAUAGUGACUACGUCAUAGCAUAUGAAGGUAAAGCUACAAAUCUUAUCGACCAAGACGAGAGGAGCACUUUGGUAUUGGAUGUCAUUGAGUUUGUGCGGAAGAUGCGAUUCGGAGUUCCUUCGCCCGCAUUUGGAGCCAUGGACUCUCGCGAACGUUAUACAUUGAAGAGACUGACGGAGCAAGAAUAUUUGGUCAAGAUUUGCCUUCUUCGAGAACUGUUUUAUUGCUAUCUAGACUUUGCAUCUCCAGCUGAAAAGACCGAAAUUGCGGGUGCUGCGCUCGUUUUGCCUACAUCUUUUACAUAUGCGCUGAAAGAUCAACUGUCAGAGUCUGUAGAGCCCACAGCGAUGAAUGAUGUCAUCUGGAAUCUUGUCUGUGGUUUAGACAUAGCAGUAGCGUCGACAAAUUUUGCUGCUGACUUAUACAACUCAAUAAUCGCCAAAUCAACGCGGAACAGCGAGUGCACUGGGCAGUAUUCACGCAUGGUCACAAAAUUGCUUGUGUGCUUGGAGCAACGUAUACAACUGGAGCAGAUACUAGGAGCUCACAGGCGCAACAUUCUGAGACGCUUAGAUCGUUUUGACGAUUCCCGACAUGUUGACACGCAAAAACAUGAGUUAGAAUGGCUGUUGCUGGAAAGCUCCAUAACAGAGCAAUUGCUCAACGGACAGCUUCGUCGAGUGCAAGGAGAGCUUCCGAGAGCCUCGUUAUUCGGGCUUGAUUUUCGCGUGAUUUGCUUCUUUGUUGAGGGACUUUUCAAGAAAUCCCUUGAUUUGUCUUUAUCGUUGGCUUUCGAGCUGGAUUUACUGCUCAUAUUCAGCCGACACUUACAGUCUGAUGACGUGACGUGCUCGGGGUUUGGUGAGUGCAACGUUUUAUCGAGUGUGACAAGAAAUCAGCGAUUUCUUGUCACUAGGAGUGAAGGGCGUCAAACUGUAUUGUGGCUUUGUGACCGCGCGAUAAAGUUAAGCCGUGCAUUUGGCAAUGACGAAUUUGAUCAAGUAGAAAGCGAUAUAGACGAAGAUUAUGAGGUCGGCACGACAGAAUUAGCAGUUAGAGAUGUUGAACAAAGAAAAGUUGUGGCGUCCUGCCUGGCAUGUAUUAUCGAAAUAUUCAUCGUUAUUUUGGAAAAAUGCCGUUUGGCCACUGAAGUAGGAGACUCAGGCUGGGCACUGAGAAUGAUGGAGCUUCUCGCUGCUGGGUCGUGCCCCAAUGAUGACCUUUCGUAUUUGGAAAACUCGCACGGAUCAAAUGAGAUAUUCUUUCGGUUUUUGGCGCGGCAGAGUCUUGAAUUGACGAAUCCAACGCUUGCAUGCCUCGUUCUAGAUGCUUUAGCCUCUCUUGUACUCAAUACAAGGAAGCAAUAUCUGGUCGGUCAACUCUGUCUGAGUUUGCUGCACCAAACGUUUCCGACACACUCUACUCCAGACCAAAUUGACAUAGGUACAGGAAAUUUGUAUCACGGGCUUCCCUUGAGGACUUUAUCAAAUGCUGUCGUGCAACCGAGCAAUGGACAUAUGUGCGCGUUGGCAAAGUACCGAUGUUCUUCUAUGAAGUGGAGCCAUAUUCCAUACCUUCUGGUCGGAUCGUGGGCAUACUCGACAUCGGCAUCCAUCGGAUCUGCCUUAUUGGCACAAUAUCUUGGAGAAAUGCGUCUUCUCAUUGAUGCCGCAGUUCCGCAGCGGUAUCAUAAAACUUUCAAGACGCAUGUAGCAAGAUUCGACGAUAAUGAUGUGGAAUCUGAUGGGGAUAACGAAGAUAAUCGCAGUCAGCCGGAGCCCAGUGUUGUUGAUGGAGAGCAUCUUGUCUUGAAAAGCCUGACGAACGAGUCAUUGCCAUACUUUAUCGAGGCAGUUCUACUUUGUGCCAUUGCUUCGUUGUAUCGAGCAGGGCCGAAAAAGCCAAAUACAAAUGGUUGUGCUGACGCUGAAUACAAUCCAUUCUCAGAUUACUGCCAAGCGAUGCACGUCUUUGAAACCACUUUACGCGUGUUUGCGCAGGCUGAGGCUUGUGGAUUCAAUUUACCGGUUAAGACGAAUUUGCUGGUAAUACGAGGAGCAACUUUUGUGACGCGGAGCGUGAAGUUGAUAAUUACAAAAUGUGUUGCCUGGCGCAUCGAGCAAAGUGUGGCCGACAAUACCGGUGCACUGAAGCAUUUGGGCGUUUUAUUUGGUGCGGCAGAUGCGAUUGCGGCAGCGAUGGAGAUGGUGUCAUCUACUUUUCAGGAACGUGUUGUGCUAAAAAUGCAGUAUGAUCGAUCCAGUCGACGAAAGGGGGGGCGGUCCAACGAUUUAUUAGAGAAAGCUUACGGAAAGAAAUACAAUACGCGCCGAUCAAUCUCAAAAAACGAAGCAAGAUUGCUUCCAAUCCUUUCUCACGGUAUCCGAGAGUUUCAAGAUUUUUUGCACGACCAAAGUACAGUAAACAAUAUCGUGCUGGAAACAGCAAAAAACGAAUGGAAAGAUGCUGAAAGUGUUAGAAGAAACUUCGAAUAUCGAAAUGUGAUGUUAAGCGAUGACAAACUCAUCUCGGCAUGCCGAACGCUUCAGACAAAUGAGCUUACAACCACGCUUUUAAAAGAUUGGCGAAUCGCUCUGUCAAAUGACAAUGACAACGAUGAAACCGAUCUUGAGGAAGAUGAAGAGUCAAUUUACUAUGAAGAGGACUCGCUGUCUGAAGAAGAAGAUGGUACAUUUGCUGUAAAAUCUGGCACCCUCAAACAGAACGAUGCUCUGUUUAACACAUCGGUAAUGUCGAGGUCUGUUGCAGAACUUCACGAUAACGAGGAGCUGGGAUUUCCAGCGAUUGUCGUUAACUUCAAAAACAGAAAAGGACUAGCAAAGCCAAGCCAUUGA